UGUCCUAAAAAAUCCAGGCUUAACUGUCAGUGUCACUUCGCCCAUUUCUCUCUUUUUUAUUUGCCACGAAAUGGUUUUGCUGGACAAUUCCAACUUCAUCCUGCGCCUGGAGAAGAUCGCCAAUGCGGCGAAGAAGGACUCCUCCUUUACGUUAACAUUCAAGCGCUAUGAUGGCCACGACAAGCCCGUGCCCAGAGCCGGCAGACCGCCAUUGCCCAAGCCAGCUACCUACAUGUGCCUAAUUCGAGCCCAGUCCAAGUCGCAGAAGAUUUCCACCGUCGUGCGCCAGGAGGAUGUGCCCACAAUGAUGGGCAUGUACUCGCAGUUCAUGAAGAGCAAAAUGGAUGGCCUGAAGCGCGUGAAGAAGGUGAAAAGCAAGGCCAAGGCGACGAAGGGAUAGUGUGUGGGGCUGGGAAUAUGAGUUCGUGGGUCUUAGGUAGAUUUUAUUUGACUGUUACCAGGUCUUUCGUUUUAAAUGCAUAAUUUUCUACAACA